AUGGAAGAGAUUUUAAAAUCUCAGCUUAGCGGGUACAAACAUAUCGUGAAUUUUUUUGUAAAUUCAACGGAAAAGGCAGGUGCAGGGGCACAAACUGCAGAUAAUUUCAAUACGCGUCUAGAGUUGCUCGAGAGAUAUUGGUCAAGGUUUGAGGAACGACACGAUGAUUUGCUCAAGUUCGAGAAUCAAUUGAAAGAUAGAGAGUAUUUUCGCGACGAUCUCUAUACUUCGGCCGAAGUUGAGUAUUCGAUCGCGCGUGCUAGAUUACGUGGUAAGCUAGCAGAGCUAAAUCCGCAACCCCCUCAACAGAACCCACCAGCUUCACAGCAUUUUGUACAAAAUUUUAACGCGUCCUCUUCUCGAUUAACACUCCCAAGCAUUUCGUUACCUACGUUCUCCGGCAGCCAAGGAGAAUGGGAGAGCUUUAAACAGCGAUUUUGCUCGCUAAUUAAGGAUAAGAUCGAUAUCCCGCGAGUAGAAAAACUACAACAUUUGCUUAACGCAGUUCAAGGCCAAGCGGCGCAACGUUUAAAGGGUCUUGACGUGAUUGAAACCAAUUUUGAUGUAGCGUGGGACAAGCUAGUACGGCGUUAUGACAAUCCGCGAAUUCGCCUUUUUAAUACUCUCGAGAACUUGAUACAGCUACCGUUAGUCAAAGCUCGCAAUGUUCAGGACUUGAAUGAUAUGAUGGACCAAGUCGAGGAAGCUGUUCGAGCGCUUCGUGAUCUGACUUGCCCCAUUGAGCACUAUGAUAACUGGUUCGUGCAUUGCAUUAUUAGAAAGCUCGAUUUAAACUCUCGAGAGGCGUGGGAGGUUUCGCAGAGUGCAGUUGACGGUUUCUCAAGUUAUGACGUGUUAUUACGUUUUUUAGAGAAGCGUAUUCAAACGUUAGAGCAAGCACGCACUACAACCGAGACCUGUGAACCGCGUGGCAAGAAAGCGAAUAAUUCGGCUUCUCGUUUUUCCAAUCGUGUGACAGCCAAUAAUGCCCAGACUGUUGAGUCAACAGACUCGAAGUCCGGCCCUUCAUGCGAUCUUUGUAGAAACAAUCACUGGCUGCAUCAUUGUAGUCAGUUCAAUGCUAAAACGCCUUCUCAACGUUUAGAGUUCUGCAAAAAGGCUAAACUUUGUCUUAAUUGUUUUAAGAAAGGGCAUUUCGCUGACAAAUGCACCUCAAAGCAUCGGUGUUUUACAUGCCGGGCAGCGCAUCAUACUAAGCUUCAUCCGGCUAAUUUUCAAAUUCAGGAUUCAAGCAAUCGUGGCUUUCCAAAAUCGAAUAAUAAUAAUAAUGCCACACAGGUCACUGGCGCUGCUGCUACUUCUGCUGAUUCGGGCGGUGAAAUCGCGUCACAUAGUGCCUCUGUAGGAGCAACAGUACUUCUGGCAACGGCCCGCGUUAUAGUUGCCAAUUCGGCCGGUAAAUCUCUAGAAGUUCGCGCAUUAAUCGAUCCCUGUGCAGAAAAAUGCUUUAUUUCAAAGCGCACGGUGAAUUUUCUCAAGCUUGAUUCCGAGAAAACUUCGCUUUCGGUGAUCGGUGUCGGAGCAGAGACUUCUUCUAGAUGCUAUUCUAUUGCUCACGGUAUCCUAAGGACGAACAAAAAACAAAAUUUUGCAAUGGGUUUUUCGGCUUUAGUUCUUAAUGAGCUUACUAGGUGCUUGCCAAAGCAAAAGCUCACGCGAGGGAAUUGGCCGCAUCUCGAGGGCCUAGAUCUAGCAGAUCCAGACUAUACUGAUCCUGCAAAAAUCGAUGUAAUUUUAGGGGCUGAUGUUUAUCCAGCUUUAAUUAUGGAAGGUUUGGUCAGGGGUCUAGCAGGUACUCCACUGGCUCAGCAAUCGGUAUUCGGUUGGUUGCUAACUGGAGCUAUCGAUUCUGGUAAUCCGCAAAGCUCGUCGAUUCGCGCGUUUCACACGCACACGGAACCUUCGCUAUCUCAACUUGUCUCAAGAUUUUGGGAGAUAGAAGAAGUUCCUCGUAAGUCCUUGUUGACCGCUGACGAAGAAAAGUGUGAGGAGCUUUUCGCAAAUUCGUAUUCUCGCAAUGAAAACGGUCGUUUUGUAGUUCGUCUACCUUUCGCUAAGAGACCCAAUUUUCUUGGCUCUCGUGAUAUUGCUGCAGCGUGUCUGGCUCGCUCUGAGCGGCGACUGCAGCACAAUUCUCAACUUGCUGAGCGCUACAAGGCUUUCAUGUGCGAGUAUAUUGAGCUGCAGCACAUGGAGUCUGUUCCGGUAUCGCAAAUCAACAGGCCCAGUUUUUAUAUGCCUCAUCAUGCAGUAGUAAAGCCCGACAAUAUAGAAAAAAUCCGCGUAGUCUUCAACGCGUCGCAAAAAUCUCGCAAUGGGAUCGCCCUUAAUGAUUUGCUCUUGCCUGGCCCAAAGUUGCAGACCGAUAUCGCAAUAGUCUUAACACUUUGGAGGCAAUUUAGAUAUGUGUUUACUACUGACGUUAUCCAGAUGUUUAGGCAAAUACUGGUACAUCCCAAAGAUGCGGAUUGGCAGCGAAUUCUCUGGCGAAAGGAUAGCAAUCAGCCGUCGAAGGACUACAGAUGUACCACGGUGACGUACGGCACUGCGUCUGCUCCAUUUUUAGCUCUUCGCGUGAUGAAGCAGCUGGCCAUCGAUGGAGCUGCCGACUAUCCAGAUGCCGCUGCAAUCCUGCAACAUACGCUCUAUGUUGAUGAUCUCUUCGCCGGAGCAGACACGGUUGAAGAGGCGCUGCGACGACGUGACCAGCUGAUUGCUCUGUUAGGGACUGCUGGUAUGGCCCUUAGCAAAUGGGCAGCGAAUGUACCACAGCUGCUAUCAGGUUUGAUUUCAACGUCUACGGGUGUGGUGAAUGUAAAAGCAGACGAGGUAAUAUCUACUCUUGGCCUUAAGUGGCUCCCCCAAGAAGAUAAAUUCAUGUUUUCGGUCACCGAAACGCACUCACCAUGCGAAGUAACAAAACGCUUAAUCUUGUCUGAUAUUGCUCGUUUGUUCGACCCUCUAGGAUGGCUAGCACCAAUGAUUGUCGUUGCCAAAAUCAUUAUGCAAGAUUUGUGGAUCGAUAAGGUGGACUGGGACGCGCCUACAACGCAGUCUCUGCAAGCUCGAUGGUUGCAAUUCCGAGCCAAUCUUUCAGACGUACCAAGGAUCCGAAUUCCAAGGUGGAUAAACAUAAAGGAGAAUGACGACUGGCAGCUGCACGGAUUCGCCGAUGCCUCGCAAAGGGCUUAUGCUGCAGCAGUUUACUUAGUGGUGCCUGGGUCUACGCCUAUGCUGCUUGUAGCGAAAACCAAGGUCGCGCCUACGAAGGUGCAGUCGCUGCCAAGGCUGGAGCUCUGUGCUGCUACACUGCUAUCUCGACUGACGUCGUAUCUCCUCAAUUCGUUGCAUCGUCCACCGACAGCGAUCCACUGCUGGUCAGACUCACGAGUUGUACUGGAGUGGUUGAAGGAUCAUCCGUCCAGAGACAUGGCACAGUUCAAUCAAGCCAGCAACUAUGUGUUGGCACACUGGCGUACAACUAACGACAGCAUAGUGCCUCUAAAGAGCGCAAUUCAUACAGUCGCACCUGGCGGCGGUCAUGGCUGA